UGCAGCAGCCGCCCCGAGCCCUGUGCUUGGCAACAUUCCCCCCAACGAUGGGAUGCCAGGAGGUCCCAUCCCGCCGGGUUUCUUUCAGGGUCCUCCGGGGUCACAGCCCUCGCCGCACGCACAGCCUCCACCUCACAAUCCCAGCAGCAUGAUGGGACCCCACAGUCAGCCUUUUAUGUCACCGCGCUACGCAGGCGGCCCCAGGCCCCCGAUCAGAAUGGGAAACCAGCCUCCGGGAGGAGUUCCUGGGACCCAGCCGCUGCUGCCCAAUUCCAUGGAUCCCACCCGACAACAAGGUCACCCCAACAUGGGAGGAUCAAUGCAAAGAAUGAACCCUCCCCGAGGCAUGGGGCCCAUGGGGCCGGGCCCACAGAAUUACGGCAGCGGCAUGAGACCACCGCCCAACUCCCUCGGCCCCGCCAUGCCCGGGAUUAACAUGGGCCCGGGAGCUGGCAGACCCUGGCCAAAUCCUAACAGUGCUAACUCAAUCCCAUACUCCUCCUCAUCACCUGGUACCUACGUGGGACCUCCUGGCGGUGGUGGUCCCCCAGGAACACCCAUCAUGCCUAGUCCUGCAGAUUCAACAAAUUCCAGUGACAACAUCUACACAAUGAUUAAUCCAGUGCCGCCUGGAGGCAGCCGGUCCAACUUCCCGAUGGGUCCAGGCUCGGACGGCCCGAUGGGAGGCAUGGGCGGCAUGGAGCCACACCACAUGAAUGGAUCGUUAGGGUCAGGUGACAUAGACGGACUUCCAAAAAAUUCUCCCAACAACAUAAGUGGCAUUAGCAAUCCUCCAGGCACCCCUCGAGACGAUGGCGAGCUAGGAGGGAACUUCCUCCACUCCUUCCAGAAUGACAAUUAUUCUCCAAGCAUGACGAUGAGCGUGUGAUCCCCUCCUCUUCUCCGAGACGCUGAGAGAGCCGGCAUUGCAGGCGGGAAGAUGCCAGAAAUUAUGCAAGAAGAAGUGAGGUGUCAUUACCCAGGAGCUGGGGGAGGGGCAUCUCCCUGCUCCCCCUCAGCCCCCACUCUCCUCCUCCAGUCCCCCAACCUGUCCCAAUUUUAGUUUCAUGCAAUAAAAAGGCCGAACUUUUUAUUCCAUAAAACAUGAAGGACAAAAAUCAAAAU